CAGCGCUUUGUUUGGACGUGUUUUCUGUAUUGGAUGCGUCCAAAGUUUCUCGCGCAUGUUAUCGCGAAGUGUAAAAUAAAUUUACGAUUGUGUUUUUUUGUGUAUAUAUAUUUUUUAUUAUGUGCUAAUGUGAUUUGUUACAAAAGGUGCUGACCGAAUUGUUUCGCAUUAUCAUCCAUCGAAUUGUGAAGAAUGAGAUAGAGCGGCGCACCGUCGGAUCACGGACGAAAAAUGUGAAAUAAUGUACACACCAACAUCAUUCACAUGAUUUCUAUAAACAAUUUCACACAAGUCCAGAGUACAUUACAAUACGCUCACCUCACUUACAAAAAUGACACGCAAAAUGCCACACUGCCGAAAAUCGAGAUGUCCGAUUAUGAUUACCAAUCGAACGGUACGUACGAGUACUCGAAUAAUACCGAUGGAGCGAUCGGUGUGUCGGGCAUUAAUUUCACGGAAUACACUGAAAUACCGUAUUAUAUAAAGGCAACGUCAAUGACCUUUUGUAUAGCUAUAAUGUGUUUAGGUGUUAUAGGAAAUGUGAUGGUGCCAAUUGUAAUACUGAAGACCAAGGACAUGAGGAACUCUACUAAUAUAUUUCUAGUGAAUUUGAGUAUUGCGGAUUUAAUGGUGUUGCUAGUUUGUACGCCGACCGUGUUGGUUGAAGUGAAUUCGAAGCCGGAAACUUGGGUCCUGGGAAGGGAGUUAUGUUUAGCGGUGCCUUUCGUCGAGCUCACAGUCACCCACGCAUCUGUCCUCACCAUCUUGGCGAUCAGCUUCGAACGGUACUACGCGAUCUGCGAGCCACUGAGAGCUGGUUACGUUUGCACUAAGACAAGAGCCGCCCUCAUCUGUGCACUUGUAUGGUUCUUCGCUGCUUUAUUCACCAGCCCCAUCCUUGCUGUGGCUACCUUCACCCAUGAAGAAUACGAAGACGGCACGCAAGUACCGGUCUGCCUAACGCAAGCCGACACCUUCUGGUCUGCGCUCUUCUUCAUCCUCACCAUAGCAGUCUUCUUCAUUGUACCUCUAGGAGUUCUUCUAGUCCUCUACAGUGUCAUUGCAAAAAAUCUCAUGGAGAACCCCGUCAUAAUAGCGCAGAACACGAAAAACACUAGCAACACCGGCAAUGUAAUUCGAUAUCGAAAACAGGUCAUCCUAAUGUUAGGUACUGUAGUAUUAUCAUUCUUUGUAUGUCUGUUACCAUUUAAAGCGUUAACUUUAUGGAUCAUUGUAUUCCCACCGGAGACAAUAAUGUCAUUAGGUAUAGAUGGUUAUUAUAUACUUUUGUAUUUUUGUAGAGUAAUGCUAUAUUUAAAUUCGGCGAUAAAUCCAAUAUUAUACAAUUUGAUGUCAUCAAAAUUUAGAGAGGGUUUCAUAAAAUUGUUAAAAAUAAAUAAGCUAAUGAGAUGCGGUAGGAAUUUAAGAGUGAACAUGCAAAGGAGAGAUACAUUUAAUACAACCACUUCAACCGGUUUUUCAAGUAGUCAAAACACAUCUGAUUCUUUUUGGAGGAGAUACAGUAAUCGAGCGUCCUCACAAAAAAAUAUAGUUAGUCGCGAAAGUAAGAGAAUAAAAGAGAUGGCAGACACUAAUGUGCAACAAAUGAAAGUUGGCGAAAUAGUUAACGUACAGAACACAAGACGUAAUAGUAUGAAAAUAAUAGCAGCCAUGAACGACGAUAUACAAGUAGAAAUACAUGACCAUCACGAGAAAAAUAUAGAUGAAGCAAUAACUUCCACUGCCACUGAGAACAAUAAGCAAAUACAAAUAUUAAACUUAGAUGUUAAGACUAAUAACGUAUAUUCUAUAACACUAGAUGUAAGCGAUGGGAGUGAAGGUAAAAAUAGAUUUGUAUGUGUACCAGCACUGGAUAACGAGAACAAGAAUAUAUUUGUAUACGACUUUAAGAGCAAGGAAAGUUUUGUGUAAUGAUAUUUACAGUCACAAUAUGGUAAAUUAUUUUGAUUGAUCCUUAUGUUAUAAUUGACCCAGUAUCUGCGGUAGAAUUAGCAUUUCAUACUGGUACAUGGUCUAAAAUUUAUAAUGCUACAUAAAUUUGAUAAAUUUGAUAAAAUAAUUUCCAAAUAAUCUGAAAUAUUUAUUGUUAUGACAAUGUUAUAGAUAAUGAUUUGGUGUUUAAAUUAAUAUAUAAAAAUACAAGAGAACAGAAUGUUAAAGAUGAGUAAGAUGACAUAGAAGUGUUAAAAUAUGUAAUGUCCGUUCACCGCAUAACCAUACCAUAAGGGACCUUGUAGAAGACACAACGUAAUUUUUUCCACACUAUUGGAAAAAAUUAAGGGAUCAGAAAAAAAUGACAAUUUUUUUGAGGUUUUUCAAGUUGCUGUAUUUUCUUUAAAAAUAGUCGUUUAUUUAUUCAAGAUUUCAAAAUCCUUCUUAAUUUCCUUGUGUGAUCAGCGGUUGCCGAGAUAUUGGUGGUUAAAGACAAAAAGAUCCUUUUUCAUUCAAAGUUCGAUAUCUCAGCGAGGAGUGGUCGUAUCAAACUAUGCAAAGAAGCAAACUUUAAAAAUAUGGCAUUUUUUUCUGAUCCCUUAAUUUUUUCCACUAGUGUAUUUUACUGUAAAAAUGGUUGCCGUAGAAAUUAUUUGUACUGUAUAUGCACUGAAUGUGAAUUAAUUGACAUUAAUAUGACAUUAUAACAGAAGAAAUGAAAAAUUAUUAAACACUUAUUAAAUACUAAGGAUAACAAAGAAACUAUACUAUCAAAGAAUUUUUAGUAAAGUCUAAAAUCAUAGUUUAAAGCCCUUCAAGUGAAUUUGGAUUUCUUUGAAAUAUUUAUUUUGGUUACUUUUUAACUUAAUCUUCAGUAAGAGUUAAAUAAAUAAAAUAACUAUUUAAAAUAUUAAAUGUUGAUGGCGUAAACCGUAUAUUUUCUUUGUUGUCUUUAUCUACUAAUAUUAGAUAAAGACAACAAAGAAAAAAAUAAGUAUUUUAUUUUUUCAUUCCUUUAUUUAUUCAUUGUACAAGUAUUCCUAAUUCUACCGAUUGAGAAUAUUAAAAAGCAUUACGGUUUAUAUACAGAAUAACAAAUAAGAAGAAAGAAAUAUUGGCGUGAAUUUACAGGGUACAGAGGAAUAACACCUGAGUCCUCAGGAAUGGCAACGCAUGGGGGGUAACAUGGGCGAAACAGUAUACUCUGUUAUGUCCAUGGUACUGCUCAUGUCUAUAGGCGACGGUUGCCACUUUCCAUCAGGUGGGCCGUUAGCUUGUUUGCCAUUCUAAGUUGUAUAAAAAAAAAAAAACAGACACUAUAUUAUUGUUUAAUGGUUCUAGCAUUUUGCCUGUUAUCCUGCUACUUCGUAUGCCUGGAUUUCAAAAAAAUAAAUCCAUAAAAUAGAUUACUGCUAGAUAGUGUAUCAAGAUAAAACACACACCAGAUUUUAAAUUGCACCUUAAGUAAUACGAUUGUGGAAACCGCAUCCAAUUUCGUGCAAUAGUUUUUGCGUUAUACCGGAACAAACAUAUAGACAGAUUAGAUUUUCUACAAAUUGUUUUGGCUAUUGCUCUUAUUACGACCCUUCAUUAUAAUUUUUCUCAAAUAUCUCCCAUGUACAGACAUCAUAUUGUUAGAAUUUUAUUAUAUUAGUAACAUUACAAAUUGAGUACCUAUAAUCAUAUUGUUUCGAAAAAAAAUUCAUAUAUAUAACCCAAUAAAAUAUGUUCAUUGAAAUAUUAAUGUGGAUUUAUUUAAAUGAACAUAACACUAUUUGCUAUUUUGUAUUCUAGCGAAAGUACAUAUUGCAUCUAACGCUGGGAGUUCAGCGAAAUAAUUUCCCAAGUACAAACAAGUUUGCUUUUCAAGUCGACGACGGUGAAACGAGUUCUGGACAAACUUCGCUAACUUCUGAUUACAGCUGCUACGUUUAUUAAUCAGAUGCCUACGAUUUAGCUUCGUACGAAUAAGAUUUGCAUUUUAUUAAAUUGUCUUUGGUUUAUUUUUUUUUAUUCUUAUUCUUAUUAUUGAUUGACCCACCUUAUCUUUGCACGAUUGUUUUUUUUAAUAAAAUGUACCCCAUAUUAUUUGCUGUUAAUGUAUUAUAGCUUUCAAGAGAGGAAAUUAUUUUAAAAUCAGUUGAGUACUUUUUGAGUUCAUCCAUUAAUAACAAACAUACAAAAAAUAAAAUCUUUUAUCUUUACAAUAUAUAACAGUUCAAAUAUAUUUUGAAAAAAAUAUGCUUAUGGCUAAACCGAUGUGUAUAUUGUUGUUAAAUUUUACCUAUUGCUUAUUGAAUAAAAAGUAACAGAUAAUCAAUAUGGGAACACACAGCCUAGACAAAUAAUCCGCAGAUAUUCAAAUCCAAAUAUUUAUUUAUUUAUUUAUUACAUCAACUGGAUAAGCUUUACAGUCUCCCAAUACGCUCACCCAGGAAAGCAUCAGUACAACAACAUAUAUAUAAAAAAAGAACAAUACAUCUCAGUAAAAAGAAUAAUAUAAAAAAAAAUUAUCUAGAAAUAAUAUUAGAGCCUAAAUCAUUGAAUACAAACACUCUGUGGUCAUCCGACGAAACGCCAGCAAGUUGGAGGCAAUUACGUCCAAUUGCGGAUACCGGCUCAAAAUAUCAUUGUGUUAUAUGGAUUCAAAUAUUCGCGAAACCAGUUGUCGAAAUGUAUUUUUUUUUAUAGUAAUUAAAAAAAAAGCAAAAGCAAUAAUCGAAUUACAUAAAUUGCUUAGCUAACUAAUUUUUACACCGUACUAGCUACUUUAAUUACUUGUUUUUUUUUUUGGAGGGAAACUGCACAUACGCUAUUUUUAUUUACGACAAGAUGGCGGGAAAUUAUUACAUUAUUUCUUUCAUGUGUAAAAAUGAAUACCGCUACGGGAAUAAUAUUAGAUAUUGGAUCAAUUUAAUUACUAGCUACUUUAAUUAUUUGUUUUUUUUUUGGAGGGAAUUUGCACAUACGCCAUUUUUAUUUACGACAAGAUGGCGGGAAGUUAUUAAAUUAUUUCUUUCAUGUGUAAAAACGAAUACCGCUACGGGAAUAAUAUUAGAUAUUGGAUCAAUUUAAUUGAUUCAUUGAAUUAAUUGCAUUUUAUUUUCUCCUUUAAAAGGGACAGUUUCCAAAACUAAAUAGUAGAAGUUUGCCACUAUGAUAAAUACCUAAAAGUCGUGACUGUUAAUAACUUAGCGCGCGAUACAAAACACAGAAAGUUAUAUUUUAUGUAAACUUUUGACAAAGCUUGAUAAAUUGUCAUUUGUAAGGAGUCAACACAUUGCUAUUUUAUGCGCCCCAGUUCAUAGUUAUUGUCAAGAACAGAGAAGUAUUAAAUAUUUAGUAUUAUUUUAUUAAGUUACCUGUUAUUUUUUUCUUUUUUACCACAGAUUUGGUAUUACUAAUAAUAAAUGAAUAAAUAUAUAUAAUGACGCAGUACAUUUAUAUAAAUAGUAAAUUAUUUAAAAAUGUAUUGAUUAAUUAUUAUAUUUAGUUCAGUUACAUUCGAUCAAUGUUUAGAUUUAUCUUAAAACAAAACUGAAAAUUUGUUUCACUGUUGUCUACAACAAAAGUGUUACUCGUAUGCCAGUAUUAUUUAAAAACUUUAAUCUUGCUUUAAACCUAUUUCAAUUAUUGUAAUAAUUCUAUUUGUAUUUGUUUCUUAUAAUGCUGUAUCUUUUUGGAAAAAUAACAAAAUACAAUACAGAUCAUAGAAAAAUAGGUUUAUGGAAGGUUAUAUAGAUUUUUAUAAAUACAUAUAAUACGGUUGUAGAUUUUAAUAUAAAUAUAAAUAGUAUUUAUAUACACGGUGCGAUUAGUCUACUGCCAAGUUAUAUAAAAGUUUAAUAGUUUAACAACAUUCAUAACAAUUUAAUAUAUACUUAUACAUAAUAUACUUAUAAAUAUAAUUAAAAAUGUAUUUCGUUGAACAUAUUUCAGCUAUAUGAAAGAUAUAAAAUAUUUUUUUUAUAUCUAAUAAAAGAAACGGGCGACACGUAAGACAUCGAAACUAUAGUGUGUUUAUUCUUACUCUAAGGAUGACCAUAUGUUUGACUUGAACUCUAGGCAUGGAUAAUAUUGGUACCGCUUCGAUAUAUAUAUAUAUAUAUUGAGUACGUCUGAAUAUUGAAGUCGGAUAAAAACCAGACGCCUAAUUUAAACCAGACCAUUUAAACCAGACGCCUAAUUUAAACCAGACCAUUUAAACCAGAUGCCUAAUUUUGAAUAUAAUGGACAACCAAUAUUUAAUAUAUUUCUUUGGCGCCAACAUACAGAUAUUGUCACAUAUUCACAACACUAUUUAACUCUGCAAUUAAUAUCAGUAUUUAUAUAUAUAUAUAUAUAUAUUUACAAGUAUCCUUUCCAAAUAUCGGGACACUUAUUAAAAAUAUAGGUACCAACUUAAAACCCUGACAUCGAGUCAGUAAUGCGAGUUAUGUAAUUUUAAUUUAUAUUGUACAUUUCUGAAAAAAAAAAGAAUCGAUAAUUUGAUUGAUAAGUUAAUAAUAAUAAUAUUACCAGAGGGAGACUUUGUACAAAAGUCGAUUGCUUGGGUACCUCUGUCCCAUUCGUGUUUCAACCGUGAAGCAGUUGUGUUUGCAUGGCUGUGUUUCGGUUUGAAGGGUGGGAUAUGGCGUGAAUUUAUUGGGUACAGAGGAAUAACACCUGAGUCCUCGGGAAUGGCAACGCAUGGGGGGUAUCGUGGGCGAAACAGUAUACUCUGUUAUGUCCAUGGUACAGCUCAUGUCUAUAGGCGACGGUUACCACUUGCCAUCAGGUGGGCCGUCAGCUUGUUUACCAUUCUAAGUUGUAUAAAAAAAAAUUGAAAUGAUUAUAAAAUAUACCAAUUCAAAAAACAGAGAUGGAUUCAUGAAAGCAAAUAAGUUUACUCACUGUUGUGUUACUGCAAAUAAACCUUUUGAUUGAUUGAAUCGAUAAAUCAAAUGUGAUUGAAUCGAUCAAUCAAAGGGUCGUGAUUGAACGAAUAUGUGUUGAAAUAUGAGAAUAGUUUUUUUAUUUUUUAUAUUAAAUCGAUGUAGUACGUACGUGGGACGUGAAAUCUAGAAUGGCUAGGAAUACUAUAUCGCGAACAAAGCUUGAUCGCCUACGCACUUUGAGAAAUGAGCUCGUAUCUAAUGUUAUUAUUAAAUUGUAUCAACAUUGAAGUUUUAUUAUUUUAUAUUUGAAACCAAUGUUAUUGUACAGACAUCAUUGUGUUGCCAUUUAAUGAAAUACAUGUUUUUAAAAACUUA